CGUAUUUUAAUCCCUCCUCUAACCAACUGCCUGGACUUUGAGCUGCCACUGAAUGAUUUCUGCACUCUGCUGUCAACAUCUGUCUUUGACACUUACAGAAGUGGGAGUAGUUAAGUUACCUCACAUAGUGUCUAAAUGUAUUUGUUGGAGCUUUGAGGGUACAUCAUACUUUAAGUCAAAGGAUUAACACAAUGGACUGGAUAAUUACUGCCACACUGAUCUUGUCAGUGUUUCAAGGUGCACUUUGUUACAAUAUUGAUCCUGUGGCUUGGAAGACCCUGAGCAACCCUGCUGCAGGUUUUGGCUACCAGGUGGUGCAAAGACAAUCAGAUUUGCUCGUAAGCGCCCCACUUGAACAGUAUUCAGAAAAUGGAAGGGGCCAAAUAUACAGCUGCACCAACAACAACUGCAGAAACAUAGUUGCAGGGCUAAAUGCUGAAGUCAAUAUGUCCCUGGGUUUGACGAUGAAAAGUGAUCCUGACACACAAAACACUAUAGCAUGCGGCCCAACCAUCCCGAGGGACUGCAAAAGUAUCACCCUGUAUAACGGUGUCUGCUUUCAGAUAUCCAGCCAGAACGGAUUUGGAUCUCCUAUGCCUUCUUCUCUUGAAAAGUGCACAAAAGCAGACAUUGCCUUCCUGUUGGACGGUUCAGGCAGCGUUUCUGACCAAGAUUUUCAAAAAAUGAAGGAUUUUGUGAAAAAAAUGGUCCGGUCAUUUCUGUCAGAAGACACACAGUUUUCAGUUUCCCAGUACUCCACUGCACCCCAGGUCCAUUAUUACUUUGAUGAUUUUUUCUCAUAUAAUAAUUGGGAGCGCAACAUUAAUGAGAUAAGUCAACAAAAGGGUGCAACUUACACAGCUAAGGCCAUUAAAUAUGUCGUCAAUAACGUUUUCGAUUCACAAAGAGGUUCCAGAUUAAACGUGAAGAAGAUCUUGAUAGUCAUCACUGACGGAGUAUCUCAUGACUCGGGCAGUUUGUCAAGUGCAGCACAGUUAGCUGAAGGGAAACAAAUUGUUCGAUUUGCUAUUGGGGUGGGGAGUGCAUUUAAUGUUCAGAAUGCAAUUGAACUGAACACCAUUGCAUCUUCCGCGGAAAAACACGUGUUUCAAGUGGAAAGUUUUGACGCCCUCGAAAUAAUCAGACAGACUUUGCAGGACAGCAUCUUCGCUAUCGAAGGAUCUCAAAGCGGUGGUGAAUCCCUGAAAAUGCAAAUGUCUCAAGAGGGAUUCAGUGCAACUUAUGUACCAGGGGGGAUUCAGAUGGCUGUUGUUGGUGCAAACCAGUGGAAGGGAGGCUACACACAAUACACAAGACGAGGCGACAGAAUUAACUCAUAUGAGCCUGAAUCUAUGAAGCCUGACAGUUAUCUAGGUUACUCCAUGGCAGCUGUUAAAACCAGGGACGGCCUCCUGACAGUUCUUGGUGCUCCGAGAUACGAACACAGAGGAAUUGCAAUGGCUGUUUACAGAGAAAGCUUUAACCAAAAUAUUGAUCCCUAUCCAUGGCAGUUUCAGACUGGUGAAUAUUUUGGGGCUGAGGUUUGUGCCAUGGAUCUGAACUCUGACGGCUACUCUGAUCUCGUCCUCAUAUCUGCCCCAAUGUACAAGGAACCCAACAGGGAGGGAAGAGUUUACGUUUGCAGAGUAGUUCGUUUGAAAGUCGAGUGUCAGUUUGAUGCUCCAUUAGUCCUAAGAGGAGAUGAAUCUGACAAUGGAAGGUUUGGGUCUUCUCUCGCUGUGCUGCCUGACCUGAACGCAGAUAGAUUCAGAGACUUGGCAGUUGGAGCACCUUUGGAGAACGAGGGUCAAGGCAGUAUCUACAUAUUCCACGGUGAAGGAGGAGUAAGAAUCAGUCCUGCUUUUUCACAGAGAAUAGCUGCCUCUGAAGUCCAGUCGGGACUGAAGUUCUUCGGCAUGUCGAUCAGUCAGUCGUCUUUCGACUGGAGUAAUGACAAACUACCUGACUUAGCGGUGGGUUCAAUGGGCACAGUUGUCUUACUCAGGUCAAGGCCUAUCGUAAUGGUGGAAACUGAGGUGUCAUUCAACCCAACCCAGAUCCCCACUCAGAAUACAGACUGCACACAGCCCCUGAACGGGAAAGCUACGAUCUGCUUCACCAUGACCAAAGUCUCUACAGUGAACACAGCUCAAGCAAGGAUUAAUUUUACUUUCACGCUGGAUGCCACUCGCAAGCCGCCAAAUAACCGAGCUUAUAUCAGCGACAAACAACAAGCAGAGGCCGGAUCCCUAAUUGCUGACUUAAGUAUGCAAAAGUGCAUCCCUGUGAACUUCCUCAUUGAGGCUUGUCCAGAAGAUGCUCUCAGUGAACUUUCCAAUGAGGUCAGAUUCACAUUUGAUGGUUUGCCCUCUAAUACAUAUCUCAGACCAAGUCUUGCUCAGCAGGCUCAAACAACAACCUUUCAUCCUAUUGGGUUUGAGAUCAACUGCGGCAUGGAUGACAAAUGUGUAGAUAACCUCAAAGUGGAUUUCAACUUCUCCAGCUCCUCAGAGGUUAAAGUGGGCAUCGAUGAGCUCUUGAAUGUCACAGUCUCAGUGGAGAACCGUGGAGAAAACUCCUACAACAGCCUGGUUACACUCACAUACCCGCCAGGGAUCUCUUAUAGGAAGUUCACAAUACUUCAGGGAAGAAUUGAGUGCAGAUCCUUGGACAGUGAGGAUGGUUUAGUGGUUGGAAAGACGGACUGCACCGUUGAUAAGCCUAUUUUCAAGAACAACGCUAAGGCUUUAUUCGUUGUCUCCUAUGGGAUUGAAACCAACAGUCAACUGGAUGAAAGAAUCUACAUCACAACCAAUGCCAGCAGUGGAAAUAAGGAGCACGACCCUAAAAGUGAAUUCUACCAAAAGAGAGGGAUUAAUGUGAAAUACAGCAUAUUUGUUACCAUCGAAAGCUCCCUCAGCUACAACAAUUUCAGCUUUGGAAAGAAUGAUUUGCAGAAGCCAGUCCUGCAGCCAAUUAAGGUUACAAAUGACAUCAGGGCUCUGAAUUUCACUGUGGUGAUCAGGGUUCCAGUUCAGCUCAAUGAUAAAGACAUUUGGGCGGAUUUGAGCAGCUUGCAGAUUCCAGAUUGCCAAAGAGAAACAAACAGUGAAGAACCUGUUGUCCGAGACUUUGUUGCUCAGAUACGGAAAACUAUGGUGGUGGACUGCUCUGUAGCCAGAUGUAGAGUGUUCCGGUGCACCAGAUUCAUGGAAAGCCUGGAUACUAAGACGUACACGAUCUCUGCCAACAUUAGUUCAGGGUGGAUAGAGCAGGUUGGACUUAAAUCUGCAAAAUUUCUGCUGACCAGCACAGCCAGUCUGGAGUAUGACACAAACCAGUACAUCUUCUUUUCAACGGGGUCUAACAACAGUCCACCUGUUCUCAAAAUUGAGACUGAGGUCAAGGUGUAUCCUGAACCAGAUUUCGCUAAAGAGAUUUUUGGAGGCUCCCUGGGAGGAUUGGCUUUUCUGACUUUACUCACUGCUGGCUUGUAUAAGGAUGAAUUUUUCAAGAGUAAAUACCAAGACAUGAUUAAUGAAAAUGCAGAAGAUGGAGCAGAUCCAGGGGCUAAUGGAGAGGCACCAGAAUAAAAAUUUAAAAAACUGUUGAUAUUUCAAAGACGUCAGCUUUUUUUCAGAUCCGUUAUCUUAGUGUCUGGUGCUGACAUCAAAGCAAAGCCAGCCACACAUCUCCGGUGGAACUGUUAUCUCUCAUUAGUUAAUUUGUACCAGUGUUGAGGGUUUUUAUACCUGAAAUGAACAUCUUGAGAUUUAUAGGAGUGAACAUGGUUCUGUGCUACCAGUUCUGAUUUGUUAUCCUAAAAUACAGCUUGUUUUCAUGUGAAAUCCCUCCCUUGCAUAGUCAUUCAUUAUUAUCUAUAACAGAGGUUCCCUACCUGGGGUCACAAAUGAAUUUCAGUUAUCAAUGUUAUGUUCUUUUUUAGGGCGCACUUUGCACAAGUAGAGCUUAUCUGCAAUGUUUUUGAACAUAACCUAAGUGACCAGACAGGUGAUGUAAUGUGAUAGGAUCUUUAGAAUGUAUAUUUUAUGAACCACCUUUUGCUGGUUGACAGUGAUACAUUUCUGAAUUUAUAUUUACUCAAACAUUGUUAAUUUCAAGAUUUUCCAUCAAACAGUUAAAUGUAUCAUACAAGAAAUUCUGUACAGUAUGAUCUGUUAUAUUCUAGUUUUUUAUCACAUUAUGUACUGUAAAACUUCUAAAAAUGCUUCAAGUUGCUAGCUUGCUACAAAAAUAGCUAUAUUAUUACUGCUGACAAUGUGAACUGCCUUGUUAAGAAAUAAAUUAUGAAAUGUGCAA